AGGAAUAAAAUAUAAAAACGUGUACCUAUGUUUAAUAUAAUUUAAUAAAAUAUUUUUACAGCUCAUAAAUCAAAAGUAGAAGAAAAUUUUUUUUUCAAUGGCUUUCACUCCAGGAUCAGCUGUAUCUCCGUCGGUAGAUAUUGAAUUAUCUUUGGCAUGCAGGGGUCUAUCUGGUACAGAUGUUUUAUCCAAAUCGGAUCCUAUGUGUGUAACUUAUGUACAGCCAUUUGGACAAAAAAAAUGGAUUGAAUUUCACCGUACUGAAACUGUUAAAAAUAAUCAAAAUCCAAAUUUUGUUUCCAAAGUGUUGAUUAGCUACAUAUUUGAAGAAAAACAACCACUAUUGUUUGAAAUUUAUGAUACAGACUCGAAAGAAAAAGAUUUAUCAUCACAUGAUUUUCUUGGAACUUUUACGACUAAUUUGGGACAACUUGUUGCAAACAAACGUAACAAGUUACAGUUGAUGGAUCGUGAUGGUAAUUUAAAAAGUAGUUAUUUAGUGAUAACAGCAGAAGAAUUAGGCACAGAUAGAGAUGAAAUAAUAUUAGAAUUGAGUGGAUUUAAAUUGGAUAAAAAAGAUUUUUUUGGUAAAUCUGACCCUUUUUUGGAAAUUUAUAAACUUACAGACACUGGUAAUUACACAUUAGUUUAUAAAACGGAUGUAAUUAAGGACACACUUAAUCCUCGAUGGAAGAAAUUUAAUGUUUCUGUCCGAACAUUUUGCAAUGGAGAUUAUGACCGUGAUAUAAAAAUAAUUUGUUAUGAUUGGAAUUCAAGUGGGGAUCAUAGCCUUAUUGGUGAAUUUCAUACCACUCUUAAAGGUCUUGCUGAUACUAAUGCCAUCUUUAAAUGUAUUAAUGGGAAAAAAAAAGAGAAAAAAAAGGAUUAUAUAGAUUCUGGAGAAAUUCGUGUAGAAUAUAUAAAAAUACAAUCAACUUAUACAUUUUUAGAUUAUGUCCAAGGAGGAACAGAGAUAUUUUGUACUGUAGCUAUUGAUUUUACAGCAUCAAAUGGUAAUCCAUCAAAUCCAUCUUCUUUGCAUUUCAUCAAUAACAACUCGAUGAAUAGUUAUGAACAAGCUAUAUGGGCAGUUGUAUCUAUAAUAGAAGACUAUGAUUUUGAUAAGCAAUUUCCUGUAUUAGGUUUUGGUGCCAAAAUUCCACCUAGUGGACAAGUGUCUCAUGAAUUUUUUGUCAAUAUGAAUCCUCAAAAUCCACAUUGUUUCGGAGUUAGAGGUGUAUUAGAUGCUUAUCGCUGUUGUAUUAAUCAAGUGCAAUUAUAUGGACCAACAAAUUUCGCACCUGUAAUCAACCAUGUGGCUAGUAUAGCAAAAAAUCGAAGAGAUGGAAGUGGUUAUUUUAUUUUACUUAUACUAACUGAUGGAGUUAUUACUGAUAUGCCAGAAACUAUUCAGGCAAUUAUAAAUGCAUCAACAUUGCCAGUUUCUAUUAUUAUUGUUGGUAUUGGCAAUGCAGAAUUUGAUGCAAUGGAAGAAUUGGAUGCUGAUAAAGGUGGACUGAAAAUGAAUGGAGUUAGAGCAUCGAGAGAUAUUGUGCAGUUUGUUGCAUUUAAUAACUAUCAUGACCUUGAUCCUAGCGUAGCCAAUUUGCAAUUAGCAAAAGAUGUAUUGGCAGAAGUACCUAAACAGUUUAUGGAUUAUAUGAAAGUAAAUGGUAUUGUGCCUAAAAAAAGAGCAUCUCAAACAUCUUCACCAGAAAUUGAAAAUUUGAAAAUCCAAUGAUAUCCAAGAAUUUAAAAUAAUAAAAUUUAAAAAUUAAAUUAUC